AUGGGGUUGCCACAGGUGUUUUCAGGCUGCACUGCUGAGGAAGUGGCUGCAUCACUAGGAACAUUUGUGCAAACUGCACCUAGAGUAACCAGCAUAAGCAACUAUGAGAUGAACUUGUUGGCUGGCGAAGACCUGGGUCAUUGCAUGCACAUUGAUAUGCUUAAAUCUGAAAGAAAGAAUGUUCUAGAGAGUUCAAAAGAAUCCCAUAUUUCAGGUAUCCGUAGAGAUGCUAAGUUGAAGAUUGAACCCAUAGAACAAAUUGGCGGGUUAUCUGUUAAUGCAAGGCAAACUAUGCAGACACCUAUAUCUAGGACUGUAGGUUUUCAAAUAAGAGCAUCAACACCUCGUGUUAAUGGUUAUGGUGGAAAUGAAUAUUCGUCAACUGUGUUUAAUGUCGCCAGCGAUGCAACUGAAGGUUCCGAGUCGCUAGUCAGAAAGCGGUUAUUGUCACCAUUGAAUGGGGUGCUGCGUACGGAUCAUUAUAAAGGUGAUACACUACAGAAUGGUGGUGGUAUUUAUCAAAUUCAUUCGGUCGGUGAUGAUAAUUCUGUUGCUUCACAUGAAUAUAAGAAGGUUCAUAUAGGAAACAACUGUCAUAUGCCCUGCAUGAUCUUUUCUUCUACAUCUUGUUUUCAGGAAUUUAGAAAGUCAUCAUGUAAUGACUCUUCUGAAAACCAUACUGUAUAUAGUCAUCACCAUUCACAUUGUGAACAUGCAAAACCAUGGUCUUAUAAGAAUUUCAAAUCAUCUUCAGCACGUAAUGUUUCUGAACAAACAACUAAAACAAGGUCUGAAACAGCUGCAUUGUCUAUACCACAAAAAGAUGUGUCACCGCCUCCCUUCCCUUUGUCUCCUCUGGGUAAAAAAUCUUCUGAAAAUAAAAAUUUGGGGGGAUGCAGAAAUAUUGAUAUUAUCUUGGAUGAUGACAAUUUGACAUUUAAUAUUGUGGAACAAUCACUUGAUAGAACCUGUCAAGACAGUUUAUCUGCGCAGGAGAUACCAAGUAAAUCACAGCUCAAUUCCAACAAUAUGCAGCAAAAGUCUGACCUGUUUACUCCUGAUAACAUGAUAGAUUUAAAAGAGUAUUGGACUCAUCCUGGUAGUUUUCCUCUUCAGGAUACAAAGUUAUGUGGAACUGUGAGUAGACUGCCAGUUAGAAGGUCCCUGGUUGGUUCAUUUGAGGAAUCUUUGUUAUCCGGUCGCCUACUAUCUGGGAAAGUUUGUCAGAAAAUUGAAGGCUUUCUUGCCAUGCUGAAUGUAACUGGCGGCAAUUUCUCACCCCAGUCACAAAAAAUACCGUUUGCAGUAACCAGCGUGGAUGGAGACAAGUACUUACUUUAUUAUUCAUCGAUAAAUCUUUCAGGAAAGCUAUUAUCAAGCAAGGCUAGAGUUGCCAAAUUUCAGAGAACCCUUAGCAUGGAUGAAUCACGAUCUGAAAAACCCCGUACACGUAUACCUAUGAAAGGACGUAUUCAACUGGUUCUCAGCAAUCCAGAGAGGACACCUAUCCAUACCUUCUUCUGCAAUUAUGAUUUGAGUGACAUGCCAGCUGGUACCAAGACAUUCUUGCGGCAAAAGGUCACUUUAACUGCGUCUAGAUCAAAGUCCACAAUGUACAAGGAAAGGCAAACAGAUUCUGGUAUCAGAGCUGAUGCCAAGUCUCCACUGAUCACAGCCGCCAGUCAGAGAGAUAAUGAUCUUCUAACCUCAAAAUGUGGAGUGUUUGAUAGUUUUACAUGUUCAAAGGGUGGCAUUUUGCUUUAUGCUCUUCAACUUCGCUUUAUGUGCCCCUUCCCUAAAAGACGUUCAAGGUCUGUUCAUAAGUGCAAAUCUGACACUCUCUCUGCAGAAGUGAGAAAUAUUGUGGACAUUGAACCUGAAAGAAGCUUCUACUUGUAUGAUGAUAUGAGGGUAGUGUUUCCUCAACGUCAUUCAGAUUCUGAUGAGGGCAAGUUACACGUGGAAUAUCAUUUCCCUUCUAAUCCAAAAUACUUCGACAUGAGCUGCUGA